AUAGGAUACACAGAGUUAAUUUUCAAUGUAACCUCCUCCUCUAUUAACGACCGCAGUGGACUUAAAGCCUUCAUCUGGACCAGCCGGAAGGAGGGGACAUACUGCGUGGGGCGAUGCGAGGCUAGUCUGGAGACUUACACCAGUCCCCAGAACUGCACUUGGACUCGGCAUCAUUGUUUUAAUUUAACCACCUGCGGAUAUCACAAGCCCACGCAGUGUCCUAAGACCUACCCUCUCCCUCCUGGUGGUCUCAUUAAGGGAAAUGUAAACAAAACCUUAUUACAUGACGUAAAUCUUGUAAUGGCGCAUGUUAGUUACAAUAUCUCGAACAUCCUGUCAGCUUAUGUAACCCAUUGUGACAUAAAGGACAAAACAUAUGCAUGGCUGCAGGCACGGCUCGAUGAUUUAGUUUCUGAUUAUAAAGGCAGACUUGCCGUUCAAAUUCCACCCGUACGCUCUAAGCGAGACUUGUUCGGAGAUGUUACAGGUCUUUUCGGUUCAGGUAACUCUAUUGCAAACACCUAUAAAAUAACAAAACAAUCUCAAUACUCAGCAUGGUUGGCAAAUCAAGUGGCCACUGGUUUCCAACACCUCACUAAUAGCAAUGAGAAUAUCAUUAAGGCUGUAAGGUCCGAAGCGCAGGUGCUUCUUGCCAUCAGCCAUUCAUUAUUCAAUCAGACCCGUACCAUCGAGCGUGCCUUAGCCUGCAGAACAUAUGCUCAGGAUCUGUUUACUGCUGCCAGACAAGAGAUUUUAGACCUUCGUCUGCGCAAACCCCCGAGGCAUGUUCUAAAUGAUUUGAUAGAAACUUUAGACCUGCACAGGUGGAUUGUGUCAGAAAAAAUGAAAGACAUAAAGCAUGCCGAAUUAUUGACAACUUUUAUGAUGUACACAGGGACUGAAUGUGUGGGAUGUAUUGGGUUCUUUGUUUCUUUUCCUUUAAUUCACCCAGAACAGGUGUACCCAAAUUCCACUACCAUACGCUCUAUCGGCGUAGUAGUGAAGAAUCAGAUUCUAAAAUUAGAUCACCUUACCGGGUAUAUCACUAUGAGGGGCACAGAGACCAUAUUCACCACUCGCAUGUGUUGUCAUGAAACCUCUAGCUAUAUCAUCUGUACCUGUAACACCUUGCAACCUUUUUCUCCCAAUGAUACCAAAUUCAUUAGUGUGCAGUCUUUGCAUGGCCACGCUGACGCUAUCCAGGUUUCCCACACACAAUGGUGCGUCAUCAGCGAGAUGAACUCUUUCUCGUAUGGAGGUCUGACCUGUCCAGCAAACCACACUUUCUGCUUGGAAGUGACGGAAGAUUUGGCCAUGGGUCAGAUCAACAUUCUAGGCCGAGUUCCACUGGAGGGAGACGUCUCCCCGUGGUGGGAGGACACAUUCUACGAACAAGGAACGCGGGCCCUGACUGACCUAAUGAGUUUGGUAGAACAGAUCAUCCGUGACACCAAUUACCACAUCAACCAGGCUCAGGUGGAGGUGAAUCUGGCCAAAAGAACAGCGGAGAUCCUGGCCAGCUCCUCUACCCGGUCCGCCCAGGACGCGUACACCUGGUGGGAUUGGGUGUUCCGAGGGUGCGUCAUCGCUAGCGCAGUCAUCUUUACCAUCACCCUGGUUCAAUGCUGUUAUUUUCGACACCUAAUACACUCUCUGCGCACCUCCACUCAUGCUGCUUUGGUUCUCAGCCCCCUCCAGUUGCCAGCGAGACCGGGCUUGAGACCAUAAACACCGGACCUGGACUGCUGUCAAAGUUGGGCAUUUUCAGUGACCCCUGGGACAGCGUUCUGUUUGUCCCACGGGGCCAGAGAGGGGAAUCUGUAAGGCCCACGGGA